AUGAAGACAGCAAGUCUAUUUGUGCUGCUUUCUAGUUUAUGGAGUGCGGGACUUAGAGUUAGCAGCACUACGUAUACUUGGACUACACCUACGGAUGAACAUUCCCAGAAGAAUGUGACUUCUGUUUUGGUUUCUCUAAACAAAACACAAAGUCUUCAAAUGCUACCAACCACUGAGACCAUGUCAGCUGAAGUAGCCACAACUCCUGAGGCAAGAACCUCUGAAGAAAGCUUUCUAAAAUCAACACUGAUUCCCUCAGAGAAAAGUGCACCUCCCAAGCUUGAGAGAAACCAAACUCUCACAUCCAAAGAGAAGGCAGAAGGAGUGGUAAAGUUACAAUCUCUUGCCCUCCCGACAGAAUCUAGCAUCAGAUUCAGUCCUGGGGCAGGAUCAGUGGUGCUCUCCAACUCUACACUGAAAUUUCUUCAGAGCUUUGCCAGGAAGUCGAAUCAACAAGAGAGCUCCCUACUCUCAGUUGGAAGUAUGGGAAAUAGAUCUCCACGGGAGACAUUUCUCAGCGGAGGUGACAGCAGUGGAAGCCAAGGAACCGUCUAUCAAACACCAAGUUUUGAAACAACUAGAGGAAAGAAUUGGUGUGCUUAUGUACACACCAGGCUAUCGCCCACAGUAAUAUUGGACAGCAAGGUCACUUAUGUUCCAGGUGGGAGAAGUCCCUGUGGAUGGAACUGUCCUCAGAGUAAUAACAAUAUUUUCUCCAUAACCUCUAUGAUAAUGCCCUUCUGGGUUCAAGCACUGAUGCAAAAAAUGACUGAGCAAAUAAAUCACCAGGAAAUGAAAUUGACUCUCUUGCAGAAGAAGAUGGAAAAUAUUUCUCUGACUGUGAAUGAUGUAAGGAACACAUACUCCUCCCUGGAAUGGAAAAUCAAUAAAGAUAAAGACAGGGAAUUUCAAUCUUUUCUAAAAGGUCUAAAAUCCAAAAGCAUUAAUGAUAUGAUAAAGGGUAUCGUAAGAGAACAAUUUAAAAUUUUUCAAAAUGACAUGCAAGAGACUGUAGCCCAGCUCUUCAAGACUGUGUCAAGUCUAUCCGAGGACCUUGAAAACACCAGGCAAUUAAUGCGACAAGUUAAUGAAUCCGUGGUUUCAAUAGCAGUCCGCCAAAAGUCUUUUUUAAUGCAAGAAAAUAGACCUACAUUGAGUGAUAUCAUGGAUCUAAAGAACCACAUUGUGAAUGUAAGGCAAGAAAUGACUCUUACGUGUGAAAAGUCCAUUAGGGAACUAGAAGUAAAGCAGACUCAUUUGGAAGGUGCACUAGAACAGGAACACUCAAGUAACAUUCUGUAUUAUGAAACUCUCAACAAGACUCUUUCUGAAAUGAAGGAAGUACAUGAGCAGAUUUUAUCAACUAAACAAGUGUCAGAUCAUAAGAGUGUUCCAGUAGCUAAAUUGGUUAGCAAUAAUGUCACAGAGUACAUGACUACUCUGCAUGAGAACAUAAAGAAACAGGAUUUGAUGCUGCUGCAGAUGGUUGAUGAUUUACGCGGUCAAGAGAGCAAGAUAAACAAUCUUACCAUCACUUUGGAGAUGGAGAAAGCCACUGUCAGAAGUGAAUGUGAAGAUAUGUUUUCCAAGUGCAUAAAUGAUUUUAAGUUUCAAAUUAAAGACACAGAAGAGAAUUUACAUGUUUUGAACCAAACAUUGGCUGAGGUUCUCUUUCCAAUGGACAACAAAAUGGAUAAAAUGAAUGAGCAGCUAAAUGAUUUGACUUAUGAUAUGGAGAUUCUUCAACCCUUGCUUGAGCAGGGAGCAUCGUUAAAACAGAUAACGACAUACGAGCAACCGAAGGAAGCAGCAGCAACAAGCAAAAGAGUGGAAAAUUUGGCAGGUGCUGUCAACAGUCUAAAUUUUAUUAUCAAAGAACUCACAAAAAGACAUAACUCACUUAGAAAUGAAGUACAGAGUCGUGGCGAUACUUUAGAAAGACGUAUCAAUGAAUAUACCUUAGAUAUGGAAGAUGGCCUAAAUAAGACAAUGACAAUUAUAAAUAAUGCCAUCGAUUUUAUUCAAGAUAACUAUGUACUAAAAAAGACUCUAAGUAGUAUGCAGUAUCAUCCCAAGGUUCAUCAUGAAUGUACCCAAAAGAUGGAAAGUAUUUUGGCCUUUAUUCCUCAAUUUCAACAUCUGAAUGAUUCUAUUGAGAUCUUGGUCAAUGACAAUCAGAGAUAUAACUUUGUGUUGCAAGUUGCCAAGGCCCUUGCAGAUAUUCCUAAAGAUGAGAAGCUAAGUCAGGCCAACUUUCAAAAUAUCUACCAAAUUUUAAAUGAAACCAUCUCCAAAAUGAUAAAAUACCAGCAAAAUAUGAGUCAUUUGGAAGAAAAAAUCUUCUCACUAACAAAGAUGUCCAGAAAUUAUGAAACUCAAUUGCAAGACAUUGAGUCUAAAGUGACCCAGACCCUCAUACCUUACUAUGUUUCACUCAAAAAAGGCAGUGUGGUUACAAAUGAGAGAGAUCAGGCUCUUCAACUGCAAGUAUUAAAUUCCAGAUUUAAGGCACUCGAAGCAAAAUCCAUCCAUCUUUCAAUUAGCCUCUCUUUGCUUAACAAAACUCUCCAUGAAACUUUAAUGAUGUGUCAUAAUGCUUCUACAAGUAUAUUAGAAGUGAAUGCUACCAUACCUGAGAGGAUAAAGGCUUCCCUGUCAGAUAUUCUGCUUUUUCAGAAAGGUCUGACAGAAUUUGUGGAAUCAAUAAUUGAAAUAAAAACUCAAGCUGCCCUAUCUAAUUUAACAUGGUAUAUAGAUCAGUCAUUGUCUGGCAGUAUUGCAAAUGUUCUCAAGUCUCAGAAGCAAGUAAAAUCAUUGCUGAAAAAGAGUAACACACUUGAGAAACCAGUAGUGAAUCUUACCACUGUCCUGAUCGGCCGAACUCAAAGAAAUACAGACGACAUUAUAUUUCCUGAGGCAUAUUCAGGCUGUAGCAGGUCCCCAUGCCAGAAUGGGGGCACAUGCAUAAAUGGAAGAACUAGCUUUGUCUGUGCUUGCCGACAUCCUUUUUCUGGUGACAACUGCACUGUGAAGCUGGUGGAAGAAAAUGCUUUAGCUCCAGAUUUUUCCAAAGGAUCUUACAGAUAUGCACCGAUGGUGGCAUUUUUUGCAUCUCAUACAUAUGGAAUGACUACACCUGGUCCUAUCCUAUUUAAUAACUUGGAUGUCAAUUAUGGAGCUUCAUAUACUCCAAGAACAGGAAAAUUCAGAAUUCCAUAUCUUGGCGUGUAUGUUUUUAAGUAUACCAUUGAGUCAUUUAGUGCUCAUAUCUCAGGAUUUUUAGUGGUUGACGGAGUAGACAAGCUUACAUUUGAGUCUGAAAAUAUUAACAGUGAAAUACACUGUGAUAGGGUUUUGACUGGGGAUGCCUUACUAGAAUUGAAUUUUGGCCAGGAAGUAUGGUUGCGACUUGUGAAAGGAACUAUUCCAGCCAAAUUUCCCCCUGUCACUACAUUCAGUGGUUACUUGUUAUACCGUACAUAA